CCCCACCUUGUCCCCGCAGGGAGCGGGGAUGGGCAGGGCCGGAUCCUGCAGCGCUUCCCGGAGAAGGACUGGGAGGACAACCCCUUCCCCCAGGGCAUCGAGCUGUUCUGCCAGCCCAGCGGGUGGCAGCUGUUCCCCGAGAGGAACCCCCCGACCUUCUUCGUGGCCGUGCUGACCGACAUCAACUCGGAGCGGCACUACUGCGCCUGCUUCACCUUCUGGGAGGCCAGCCACUCCAGGAAUGGGGAGGGCGAGGAGGAGGAGGAGGAGGCUUCAUCCCCCGUGCAGCCUGCCCAGCUGUUCGCCCCCAAGAGCCUGGUGCUGGUGUCACGGCUGGACCACGCCGAGGUGUUCCGGAACAGCCUGGGGCUCAUCUACACCAUCUACGUGGACGGGCUGAGCGUGUCCCUGGAGAACGUCAUCGGGAACCUGCUGACCUGCACCAUCCCCAUCACGGGGGGAGCGCAGAGGACGAUCUCGCUGGGAGCAGGGGACAGGCAGGUGAUCCAGACCCCCAUCAAUGACUCUCUGCCCGUCAGCAGCUGCAGCGUGGCCCUGCUCUUCCGACAGCUGGGCAUCACCAACGUGCUGUUCCUGUUCUGCGCCGCGCUGACCGAGCACAAGAUCCUGUUCCUGUCCAGCAGCUACCAGAGGCUGACAGAUGCCUGCCGAGCUCUCCUGGCUCUCAUGUUCCCCCUCAAGUACAGUUUCACCUACGUGCCCAUCCUGCCUGCCCAGCUCCUGGAGGUGCUGAGCACCCCCACCCCCUUCAUCAUCGGCGUCCACUCCAUCUUCCAGUCAGAGACCCAGGAGCUGCUGGACGUGGUGGUCGCAGACCUGGACGGCGGCACGGUGACGGUCCCCGAGUGCGUGCACAUCUCCCUGCUGCCAGAGCCCCUGCUGCAGCAGACCAGGGAGGCCCUGUCCAUGGUCCUGGACCCGGAGCUGGAGGUGGCCGACCUCGCCUUCCCCCCUUCCACCAUUUCUGCCUCUUCCCUCAAGAUGCAGGACAAGGAGAUCCGGGCUGUGUUCCUGCGCCUGUUUGCUCAGCUGCUGCAGGGCUACCGCUGGUGCCUGCACAUCAUCCGCAUCCACCCCGAGCCCGUCAUCCGCUUCCACAAGGCGGCGUUCCUGGGCCAGCGGGGGCUCACAGAGGACGAUUUCCUCACCAAGGUUCUGGAGGGGAUGGCCUUUGCUGGCUUUGUCACCGAGCGCGGGGCUCCCUAUCGCCCCAUCGACCUCUUCGACGAGCUCGUGGCCUACGAGGUGAAGCGCAUGAAGGCAGAGGAGGGGAACAAGCAGAAAAUCCUGAGGCACAUCAAGGAGCUGGCAGAGAAACUCUACAAAAAUGAGAACCCGUACCCCGCGGUGGCCAUGCACAAGGUGCAGAAGCCCACCGAGGGCUGCCACCUGCGGCUGCACCAGAAGCCCUUCCCUCACCUGGACGAGGGCACGGUGCAGUGGAUCAUCGACCAGGCCACGGCCAAGCUGCAGACGGCCCCGCCCGCCGUCAAGGCUGAGAAGAAGUGCAUGGUGCCCUCGGGGCCCCCCAUCGCUGCCAUCCUGGAGCGCAAUGGGAACGCGCUGGCCAACAGCGCCCGGCGCCUGGAGGUGGUCAGGAACUGCAUCUCCUACGUCUUCGAGAACAAGAUGCUGGAGGCCAAAAAGCUGUUCCCAGCUGUGCUGCGUGCCAUGAAGGGCCGUGCAGCCCGGCACUGCCUGACGCAGGAGCUGCACCUGCACGUGCAGCAGAACCGCGCCGUGCUGGACCACCAGCAGUUCGACUUCGUCAUCCGCAUGAUGAACUGCUGCCUGCAGGACUGCACGGCCAUGGACGAGCACGGCAUCGCCGCCGCCCUGCUGCCGCUGGUCACCGCCUUCUGCAGGAAACUGAGCCCUGGCAUCACCCAGUUCGCCUACAGCUGCGUGCAGGAGCACGUGGUGUGGACCAACAUCCAGUUCUGGGAGGCCAUGUUCUACUGCGACGUGCAGAACCACAUCCGGGCCCUGUACCUGGACAGCUCCGAGGAGAACCACGCGGAGCAGGAGAGCGCCGAGGAGCCGCAGGAGGCCAAGUCAGCGCUGGAGAUCGCCUCGGAGCAGCUGCGGCUGUGGCCCACCAUGAGCAGGGAGAAGCAGCAGGAGCUGAUCCAGAAGGAGGAGAGCACGGUGUUCAGCCAGGCCAUCCACUACGCCAACAGGAUGAGCUACCUGCUGCUGCCCCUGGACACCAGCAAGAACCGCCUGCUGCGCAGCUCCGGCCUGGGCGACGCCGAGAGCGUCAGCAACAGCUUCGUCACCAACAGCAUCGCGGGCAGCGUGGCCGAGAGCUACGACACCGAGAGCGGCUUCGAGGACGCCGAGAGCUCGGACGUGGCCAACUCGGUGGUGAGGUUCAUCAACCGCUUCGUGGACAAGGUGUGCACCGAGAGCGGCGUCACCAACGAGCACCUCAAGGGGCUGCACGUCAUGAUCCCGGACAUCGUGCAGAUGCACAUCGAGACGCUGGACGCCGUGCACAGGGAGAGCAAGAGGCUGCCCCCCAUCCAGAAGCCCAAGCUGCUGCGGCCCAGCCUGCUGCAGGGGGAGGAGUGCGUGCUGGAGGGGCUGCGCGUCUACCUGAUGCCGGACGGGCGCGAGGAGGCGGCCGGGGGCAGCGUCGGGGGGCCCCCCCUGCUCCCCGCCGAGGGGGCCGUGUUCCUCACCACCUACAGGAUCAUCUUCAAGGGAACCCCCACCGACCCCCUGGUGGGGGAGCAGGUGGUGAUCCGCUCCUUCCCCAUCGCCUCGCUGACCAAAGAGAAGAAGAUCAGUAUCCAGGCCCAGGCGGAUCAGUUCAUCCAGGAGGGAUUGCAGCUGCGAUCCUGCACCUUCCAGCUGCUGAAGAUCGCCUUUGACGAGGAGGUGGCGUCGGAGAGCGCCGAGAUCUUCCGCAAGCACCUGCACAAGCUGCGCUACCCCCAGCACGUGCGCGGCACCUUCGCCUUCACCGCCGGCCAGUCGCCCAAGCAGGCCAUGCAGCCCAAGGCCAAGGAGAAGAACCCCUCGCUCAGGACGCUGUCCAAGAACCUGGUGAAGAACGCCAAGAGGACGAUCGGCCGGCAGUACGUGACCCGCAAGAAGUACACGCCGCCUGCCUGGGAGCAGAGGGGCAGCCAGCACUUCCCCGAGGACAACGAGGACGAGAUCUCAGGUGGGGAACAGUCCAGGAAGGCCUGGGGGCAGUGGGACGAGUCCUGGUGUCCCUGCCGUGGGACAGGGUUCACAAGGUCACAGAAUUCACAGGUUCACAGAAUUCGCACAGUGAGCGGGGGAUCCGUGGGGUCACAGGUGAGCCACGGUGAUCUGCGGGGGCACAGGGGUCACAGGAUCACACAAUCACAGGAUUCACAGGGUCACAGAAUUCACAGAGCACUAACGAGGCUGGGGCCGUGCUGGGGGUUUGUCCACAGCUACCCCGGGCUGCUGAUCGUGCCGCAGAGCAUCCAGGACAACACGAUCCAGCGCAUCUCGCGCUGCUACCGGCAGAGCCGCUUCCCGGUGGUGUGCUGGCGCAACUCCCGCACCAAGGCCGUGCUGCUGCGCUCCGGGGGCCUCCACGGCAAGGGCGUGGUCGGCCUCUUCAAGUCCCAGAACGCCCCCACCCCAGGCCCCUCGCAGGCAGACUCCUCCAGCCUGGAGCAGGAGAAGUACCUGCAGGCCGUCAUCAACUCCAUGCCCCACUACUCGGACGCGGGCGGGCGCAACACCCUGAGCGGCUUCACCUCGGCUCACAUGAGCAGUGCAGAUUUCUCCGACAAGAGGCAGCAGCCUAAGCUGGGAUCGCUCAUGAAGCAGGUGAUGGGAGGGAAGGACGAAGGGCCUGGGACUUUGAGCCGUGGAGGGCUGGGUCACAGAGCCAGGGUCAUCACCCUGUCCUCCCCCAAGUGCGCGUCGCCGAAGGGCCGCGAGACGCCCCGAGGGAAGUGGGGCAGCAUCCGGGCCAGCGGCCGCAUGAGCAGCUACGCCCUGAACGUGGAGAUCGGCUCCAGGCUGGCGGGGAAGGACCUGCUGGGGACGCAGCACAACGGGACCCCCGCAGAGCCCUCCUUCCUGCGGCAGCACCGCGCCUCCCUCUACAUCAUCGGGGACAAGUCCCAGCUGAAGGGUGUGAAGCCAGACCCUCUGCAGCACUGGGAGCUGGUGCCCAUCGAGGUGUUCGACGUGCGCCAGGUCAAGGCCAGCUUCAAGAAGCUGAUGAAGGCCUGCGUGCCCGGCUGCCCCUCCAGCGACCCCAGCGUGGCCUACCUGCGCUCCCUGGAGGAGUCAGAGUGGCUGUCCCAGAUCCACAAGAUCCUGCAGAUCUCGGUGCUGGUGGUGGAGCUGCUGGACACGGGCUCGUCGGUGCUGGUCAGCCUGGAGGACGGCUGGGACAUCACCACGCAGGUGGUGUCCCUGGUGCAGCUCCUCUCCGACCCCUACUACCGCACGCUGGAGGGCUUCCGGCUGCUGGUGGAGAAGGAGUGGCUGUCCUUCGGCCACCGCUUCAGCCACCGCGGCGCGCAGACCCUGGCCGGCCAGAGCAGCGGCUUCGCCCCCGUCUUCCUGCAGUUCCUGGACUGCGUGCACCAGGUGAGGCGGGACCCCAUGGAGUUCGAGUUCAGCCAGUACUACCUGAAGUUCCUCAGCUACCACUACAUUUCCAACCGCUUCCGGACAUUCCUGCUGGACUCGGACUACGAGCGCAUCGAGCUGGGGCUCCUGUACGAGGAGAAGGGCGAGAGGAAGGGCCAGCAGGGCUCCAAAUCCAUCUGGGAUUACAUCGACCGCCUCAACAAGAAAGCGCCUGUCUUCUUCAACUACCUGUACGCACCUGAGGACGGGGAGGUGCUGAGGCCGUACAGCAACAUCUCCAACCUGAAGGUGUGGGAUUAUUACACGGAGGAGACGCUGUCCGAGGGCCCCUCGUACGACUGGGAGCUGGCGCAGGGGCAGCCCGAGGAGGAGCCGGAGCGGCAGGACACGGCGGCGCCGCAGAGCAAGCGCCGCAUCAUCUGGCCCUGCUACGACAACCGCGGCCGCGUGGAGCCCGACGCCAUCUCCAAACUGCUGGAGGAGUUGCAGAACCUGGAGAUGGAGCUGGGGCAGGUCCCGGAGCGCUGGAAGGACACGUGGGACAAGGUGAAGGCGUGCCAGCGCACGGAGGGGCGGCAGGAGGGCAGCAGGACCCCCAGCUCGCUGCUGAUGUCGUCGGGGCUGUCCCACCAGCGGCGCUCGCUGGGCGUGUACCUGCAGGAGAGCGGGGUGGGCUCCACGCUCAACCUCAGCCUGGACAGCGACACCAGCAGCACCUCCACCCCGUCCAGCGGGCAGACCCCCAGCUCGCUGCUGAUGUCGUCGGGGCUGUCCCACCAGCGGCGCUCGCUGGGCGUGUACCUGCAGGAGAGCGGGGUGGGCUCCACGCUCAACCUCAGCCUGGACAGCGACACCAGCAGCACCUCCACCCCGUCCAGCGGGAAGGUGGGCGGCCGCCGCAGCACCUCCACCCUCUACAGCCAGUUCCAGACGUCGGAGAGCGAGAACAGGUCCUACGAGGGCUCUCUCUACAAGAAGGGCGCCUUCAUGAAGCCCUGGAAGUCUCGGUGGUUUGUGCUGGAUAAAACCAAACACCAGCUGCGGUACUACGACAGCCGGAUGGACACGGAGUGCAAGGGGGUCAUCGACCUGGCCGAGGUGGAGUCCAUCACCCCGGGGAGCUCCCCCGGCAUCGCCCCGCGCCCGCCCGGGCCGGGAGCACCCGGGGGUCUCCCCGCGGCCCCUCCGUGGUUUUAUUGCUUUGCGGGGCCGGUGGUUGUGGAGAAAGGCAUCGAGUCCCCCCGGGACACCCCCAGCCCUCGGGAAUUCCCUCGGGAGCUGCGGGAUGGCCCCGCUGCCGGCGAUUUCCAGGGAGACCCAUCACAGAGCCGAGCGUUCUCGCCGAGCCCCUGCACGGAACGGAAAGCCCCGGGAAAGCGGCUCCGGCUCAGCAGCAAACCGGGAAUCUCCCGGUGCGGAUGGACGGAGGAGCCGGGCGGGAAUGUGACCCUGCAGGGAAAGCAGCAGGGAGCGCCGGGGGUCGGGAUGCGCCUGCGGGGAUCAGCCCCGCGGAGCCCGCGGUAA